GGAAUGAAUGGGGCGCGCGGCCGCGGCGGGACCCCGGCGCGGGGGCACGAAGCGGGUCCGGGAACGCAGCGGGCACCGGGCAGAGCCAACACCGCCAGGUCUGUGCGAGGGGCCGGUGGGUGCGGGGCAGCAUCGGAGCGAAAGUGGGUCACGGCGGGGCCCAGCGCCCCGGGCAGGGCGGGACCGGACUUGCGUGCCCCGGCCCGAGCCGGGGCGUCUCCCGCGUUCCCGGGCGGCCCCGCCUGCGCGGCUGGCCCCCUGCCCGGCGUCCCGGACCGCCCUUCCCCCGCCGCCCCCCCUUCCUCACUGGGCAUCCGCGCCGGAUCCCGGGGGAGGCGGACCGGACCGGGCGGCGAGACCGGAGCCUGACGCCGACUGUUCGGUGCCCGCAGCGGCCAGGGCCAUGGGCACUCCGGCCUCGGUGGUGAGCGACUCUCCGGGACGGGCGGCGCCCGCAGCCCGCGCCCGUAAGCGGGCCUCGGCCAACAUCUUCCAGGGCGUGGGGCUGCGGGAGCUGCGGAGCCUGUUCCGGAGCGGCGGGGCCGAGCGGCCCGAGGAGCGCGCCCGCCUCGUCUGGCGGUACGCGGGCCAGCGGCGCAUGGCGCGGGCCCUGCGGCGGCUUCGGCGACGGCCAACAGCCCAGCCUGGCGGUGGGAUGGCAGCGCUACGGCGCUUCGAACUCCUUCGGAUCGCGGAGAAGCAGCUGGAGGCUGACUGCGGGGCCGAGACGGGCUCAGGGUCCAUGUAGCACGCUAAGCGGCUGGGCCGCGGAGAGCAGCUCUCCAAGGACCCUAAGUGUACUGGGCAGGGUGCAAUGAAUGGUUAAUAAAGGGUGGACAGUGGU